AUGCGUACCUUUGUCGUCCUCCUUCUCGUUGCCUUGGCCAACGCCGACAAGCUUGGCUAUAACUACCAGCCAGUGCCGCAGAGUUACAGUCCCGGUGGAGCAGCUACUAAUCCAGCACCAGCAUAUUCUCCUGAGUCAUCUGGACCGCAAUCUUUUAGCCCCAAUGCGCCAGCCGCCGCACCUUCAUCCUCCAACCCCUCGUACGCCCCACAGGCCGAACUUCAAAAGGAAUUCUUCACAUAUACCGCUGAUGAAAGCGCUUUCGAUGAGCCCGAUGCAGCCCAACAAUCCGCCAACGAUUUGAAGAAGAGUCUGCGCGUCAUCUUCAUCAAGGGUCCCGAUUCGAGUGGCCUGGAACAGGGUGCUCUACAAUUGGCCAAGCAGGCUUCCCAACAGGAAACCGCCAUCUAUGUGCUGAGCAAACAGGCCGACAUCGGAGAUCUGGCCAACAAGCUGAACAACAUUAACGACAACAAGAGCAACAAACCAGAGGUGCACUUCGUCAAGUACCGCACUCCUGAGGAUGCCGCCAAUGCCCAACGUGCCAUUCAGGGCCAAUACGAUCAGUUGGGUGGCGCUUCAUCCCAUCAUGAUGGCGGUGUUGCACCAUCCCUGAAUUUCGCCUCCAAGGGACCUGCACCAGCACUCCCGGCAGCACCUGCUCCUGGUCCCAGCUAUUUGCCCACCAACAUAUUCCGUCGCCUGCGUUUCUAG